UAAACUAGAAUCUCGCGCUCAGGCCCGGCGAAAUGGGCGAGCACAACCUCCUCAAUAGCGGGUUUGUGGGACCUUUGGUGAACAUCCACACCGGAGACGCGUUUUACCUCCACAACUUCCGGUCAUCUACGGCUCUUCCUUCCCUCCCUUACGCGAGACGAGACAAUGUUUGGACUCAACCGGAGCCGUGCAACGGAUACAUGCAGCCGUUUUUUGGCAACCCGGUGUCCCUGAACCCCACGUUUAACCGAGCGUGCGAGAUUGCGCGGCAGGAAGACAGCAAAUGCUUCUACAGUGGAAGUGGAGGUGGAGGAGGUAACAUCCGGGAGAACUGUACCAACGUUAAACGAGAUGACAGGGCGAGAGACGACUCCUCGGUGCCCGGAGUGAGAGAGCACGGACUGGUAGAUGCUAGCAUGAUGGGCUACGGAUACGUUGCAGAGCAAGGAAGCCAGAAUCCUCCAUCAUGUCACUCCAUGCAGUCGGAGUCUGGGUCAUCGCACCACGAAGCAGAAAAAGUGUCAUGCAACAUCGCUCAUUCCUUAGCAUCUCAUGCGUGCACCACAACCCAGGGAGGAGGUGCUCCGUGGUACCCGGCGCACGCGCGGAACCGGAAGAAGCGCAAGCCCUAUUCCAAACUGCAGCUGGCCGAGCUGGAGAGCGAGUUCAUGCUCAACGAAUUCAUCACACGGCAGCGGAGGAAGGAGCUUUCGGACCGACUUAAUUUAUCCGACCAACAAGUGAAGAUCUGGUUUCAAAACCGACGUAUGAAGAAGAAAAGACUGAUGCUGAGAGAGCAGGCUCUGUCUUUCUUUUAGGGAAAGGAUGACAGCGAAUGAAAUAGCAGCAACAAACAAACAAACAAACAUCCAAAACAAAAAAAGAAAAGAAAUCCAGUGUUUAAAUAGCUCUUACGACGAAUAGAUCUGACAUCACUGGUGUUCAUUUCUGCUCACCUGGAUCUAUAGAAACACACUGAAGGUGUCAAUAAAGCACUGUGAAAAGUGUUCGGUCAGUUAUGUAGGUGUUAACGCUGUAGAAUUAUUAUAGAUUUACACGUCAGGACGCGGAUACACAGCUCAUUCCCGAGUGCUGGGGUUAAAAACUACUCGCAGCUCGCAGAAGUCUUUCAGUGUUGAAUUAAACUCCUCUGGUGUUGCGUUAAUUCGUCUAGUGUUGAAUUCCAUCUUUAACACUGUAUGAGUUAGCGUUAAAGGUGAAACACCUACCAAGUUAGACUAGAAGAAGACUGGAAGAGAUAUAGACUAAACGCUUCACUCGAAAGCAUCUAAAACACUCAAGGUGUCUCUUUUAUGGAACCCUUACAGGUAGAACUGAGCGUUUUGCUACCAAGUUUUAAACAGAACCCUAAGUUGUUGUUGUUGUUUUUUUCAGGGUGUAUUAAUUCCAACACGCCACAUAAUAAUCAUCAUUAAUAAGGUUGUUAGAGUUAGAGUUACUAUUCCUAUCGUACGAUCAUACGAGGUUAAUUUCGAAAGUUUCUCUCUGUUGAAUUAAUGAGCGUCUUCUUCACCGAAAGCUUUAAAUUAGCUGACAGGUGUAUAAGAGAAUACGUUUAACACACCAACCGCAUAACGUAGCGUGACCUCGCAAAGUCUUGAACACCUCUGAGUGCUUUAACUCUGUAAUUUUUGUAAUGCAUUUUUUUCAUCUAUUCAAGAUAUUUUUUAUCUAUUACCUCAUCUCUUCUCUGUGUUGCUUUAAUUCUGCAGGGUUACGGGCGAAAUGUGCGCAUACUUUAGUUUUCCAUACGAAAAUUAUACUUUUUUUUCUUUUUCGCCAACAAGCUUAUUAGCACACUUGAAACUUGAGUCUAUGGCGUUUAGUUUACAAGCAAAUAGUAUUUAGCAUGUUCAAGGUAGAAUUAUUGAACACCUUGUGGAAUGUAUAAACGCAAAAUAUGAGCUUUCUUAUGUUUAAGAAAAGAAAAAAAAGUGCAUUUGUAGCCUAUGGCAUGACACAGAAAAAAGACCCAAUGCUAAAAUAAAUCUUUAAAAAAAUCUGAAUUAAAUCUUAGUUCUUCACUUUUUACUGAGUUGCCCUGUAGGUGCAACACGUGUACAAAUGAGUCCCAAGAAAGCUUAGAACCCUAACUAUACAAAGAAAUCUUAAACUAUUAUUUAGGGCUUUUAAAGUGUUUUCAUUAAAACGUUUAAAGUCAAAGCGAAACAUUUAUAGAUUUCUCCCCAUCAGUGUGGAAAAAUCUCUUACAGAGUUUAAUCAUCAACAAUCUAAAGUCAUUUAUAUUUCAUUUUUCAAGUCAUACAUCGAAACUUAAUGUACCGACAGGAUAUAUUGUGUUAUUUUUAUUUUUGCGAACAAACACCAGCCGGUACAUUCAUGCAUUAAUAUUAAUAUCUGGAUUUUCUUAGCAAGGGCACACCUGAAAUGAAUCUGUUUGUGUGGGUGUGUUUAUAUUGGAAAAUCCUGCAAACUUACUGUUACCCAAAGUAUAGAUAAAGUAUAAUCAAAUAAACCUUUUCAUAUCUUCUUUUUUGUUUGAUAAGAGGCGUCGGGAACCGAAAU